AUGAGCAAGAAGUUAGAUGGAUAUUCAUUAAUGAUUGUAUCUAAAUACUUUAUUACAAAAGAUGAUUAUAAGAAGGUGGUAUUAGUUUGUAAAAAAUUUAAAGAUACUAUUGAUAAAUUUCGUUAUAAUCCUAUUCCUAUUUAUGAUUUAAAUUUCUUUAGAAACAUAGAAACACAGUUUUUAUAUUAUCCAUUUGAAGAGAAAAUACCUUCGAACCAUUUAUUAUAUAGAAUUAAAUAUUAUGUUCCAUAUUAUUGUUAUCUUGAAAAUAAAAAAAAAUGGAUUCAUUGUGAUAAUGUUAUGUAUACUAAAAAAGACUUUAUUACAUUUGGAAGUUCAAUACCAGUAGAAGUAAAAAAAAUAGGAAAAGAAUGUUUUAGUGAAACAGAUACAGUAGAAUUAAUGCAAAUUCCUAAUACUGUUAUUGAAUUACAACGUUCAUGUUUUAAAUCAUGUAUUUCAUUAAAAACAAUUAUAUUAUCUACAAAUAUUAAAUCAAUUCCAUUUUGUUCUUUUGCAAAUUGUCAAUCAUUAAAAGAAAUUGUAUUACCAGAAAGUGUUACUAUGAUUGGUGCUGGCUGUUUUUAUGCUUGUCAACGUUUAGAAAAAAUAAAACUUCCAUCUAAUCUUUCAGAAAUUGGAAAUCAAGCAUUUUGUUAUUGUACAUCAUUACAAAGUAUUACGAUACCUUCAAAUAUUAAUAGAAUUCCAUUAAAAUGUUUUUCUUUUUGUUUUGGAUUAUCAACAGUUGUAAAUUUAGGAAAUUUAAUUGAAAUAGGUUCAUCAGCAUUUGAGUCAUGUACUGGAUUAAGAACAAUUGACCUUCCUAAUUCAUUAAAAUUUAUUGGAGGUGGUGCAUUUUUAAAUUGUUCUAGUUUAGUUCAUUUAAUUAUUCCACAUGGAGUUGCAAAUAUUUCAAUUAAUUCUUUUAAAGGAUGUUCAGCAAUUACAGAGUUUGAUGUCCCAAGAGACCCUAAUGGUGAUUAUCCUUUUGAAAUAAGUACUUCUGAAUUACCACUAUUACUCAAUCAUGGAAUUAGUCCUGUUAAUAUUAAUGUGUCUGGACCAAAUGACUCAACCAAAUUAAAUAUUCCAUUAACUCCAUCAAUUCUUGGAAAACGAUGUUUCUCUGGGAAUACAAAAUUAGAGAGUUAUUGGGUUCCAUCAUCAAUAAUACAUUUAGAUGAAGAAUGUUUCUCAGAUUGUUCCCAAUUAACUUCUAUUUAUUUUCCAAAUAGUGUAACUGUAAUUUCACCAUUUGCAUUUAGUAAUUGUAUUAAUUUGAAAAAGGUAGUAUUACCUAAGUAUUCUAUUAACACAAUUCAACGAGGUUGUUUUUUUAAUUGUUCUAAGUUAGUUUCUAUUGAUAUUCCAUAUAGUGUUACUGAAAUUUAUGAACGUGCAUUUGAUAAUUGUAGUUCAUUAAAAAAAUUAAAUAUUCCUCCUUCUGUUAGAAAAAUCAAAAGUGAAGCAUUCAACAGGUGUACAAGUCUUAGUGAAAUAAUAAUUCCUUCUAGUGUAACACAAAUUGCACCUAAUUGUUUCAAUGGAUGUGUUUCAAUUAAAAAUAUAUAUAUUCAAUUAGAUAAUGAAGGGUUUUAUCCUUUUGAUGUUUCUAAUGAUGAAUUUAUUCUUCUUUCACGUAUUAGAAUUAAAAUAAAAUGUAUUAUUAUGAACACCAUUCCAAACAAUGACUUAUUAUUAUUUAAUAGAUUUGUACAUGAUAGAAUUUCUCUAAAAGCAGGACCAAACAUGUUUACUAAUACAUUGUUAAAAGAAAUUGUACUACCACCUUGUUUUAUUUCACUUAGUGAUAUGUGUUUUGUUUCAUGUAAAGCAACAAAAAUUGUUAUCCCAUCUACAGUUACAUCUAUAGGAGAAAAUUGUUUUAGUAAAUGUACUAAUUUGUUGAGUAUUAGUUUACCAAAUAAAUGUAAAUAUGGAUCAUAUAUAUUUAAGAAAGUUAGGUCUUUGACUUCAAUUACAAUUAAUGGUCCUUUUACAGGAAUUGUAUCUAUUGAAGAAGCAUACUAUUUACAACGAUGUGGUGUUUGUUGUACAAAUAUUUCAUUAACAACAAAGGAUUACAAAAAUAAUAUUUCAUUAACACCAAAUAUUACUGGAUUAGAUGCAAGACUAGAAGAAAAUACACAAAUAAUUAUACCAUCACACAUUACAAGAAUUGGAAUAGGAUGUUUUGGAGAAAGUCGAAUAAGUAAAUCCUUUAUUUUUCCUUCAAGUAUUAAAGAAAUUGGAAAUGAAUUAUUUGAGUCAUGUUAUGAAUUGGAACAUGUUGAUUGUUCUUCUUUAAACUCUAUACCAAAAUUUUGUUUCUUUAAUAAUAGAAAAUUAUCUUCAGUUGUAUUAUCAAGUCAAUUAGAAAAAAUUAAGUCAGGUGCAUUUUAUCAAUGUUGUUCAUUAACUUCAGUUACUAUUCCAUCUUCGGUGACUAAAAUCGGUUAUUUUGUAUUCUAUCAAUGUCAAAAUCUCAAAGAAGUUAUUUUUGAAAAAAAUUCUAAAUUAAAAACUAUUAGUCAAUGUCUUUUUUAUAAAUGUUAUUCUCUUACUAAACUUGUGUUACCUGAAGUUAAUAAUAUUGAUAAUUUAUCUAUUUUUAAAACACUGUCAUUAAAAGAAAUUGAAAUACCAAGUACUGUUACAAGACUUGGAGUUGAUGCUUUCAAACGGUCUGGUCAAUUAUCUAAAAUUAUAUUACAUGAAGGAUUGAAAGUAAUAGACAAAGAAUGUUUUAUGUAUUGUUCAUCUCUUGAAUCAAUUAAAAUACCAAAUUCAGUAACUGCUUUAUUUGGUGGUGUAUUUUGUUCAUGUUGCAAGUUAACUUCUGUUACAUUAUCAUCAAACUUACAAAUAGUUGAAACAAAUUGUUUUGAGGGUUGUUGUCAUUUAACUCGAUUAGUUAUUAAUGAACAACCAAUUUAUGAAUACAAUUAUCCAAUUUCAUUUACUCAAGCAAAUUAUUUUGAAAUUGGAUUUAUUCAGUGUUCCCAUAUUAUUUAUACUGAAAAUGAUAGAAUAGUUUAUGGAAAAGAUAUUCCACAAAGUGUUCAAGAACUUGGAGAUAAUUGUUUCCGAGAAGUAAGUAUUAACAAAAUAAGUUUACCAUCAUCAAUAACAAAGAUUGGUGCAUUCUGUUUUAAAGAUUGUUUUGGAUUAAUUGAGUUUGAGUCAUUAGCUGAACAUAUUAUUAUUGGAGAUUAUGCAUUUGACUCAUGUGUAUCAUUAAGACAAAUGAAAUUACCUAAAAAUGUAAUGUAUGGAGAGAAUAUAACAUAUAAAUGUGAUUCAUUAAAGAAGUGA